AUGUCGGCCGAUGAUAUCGACGACGAGCUCUUCGCCCUGGCUGGCGGUGACGAAGAUGCAGACGUCGAAGAAGGCGAGGCCUCGUCGCCCGCAGCCUCGUCGCCAAACUCGCUGGGUUCCGACGCCAUGGACGAGUCGGAUUCAGAUCGUGACGAUGACGUACCAGAGCGCUCCGCAGACGUCCCCUACCCCCUAGAGGGCAAGUACAUCGACGAAUCAGACAAGCGCCGCAUCCUGGGCCUAUCGCAGCUGGAGCGGGAAGAGAUCCUCGGUCAGCGUGCCGAGGAGAUGAGCAGCGCCAACUUCAAGGCUGAGCUCGCCAGGCGCGCCGCCAACGUCCAGAACGACAGGAAGCGCAAGGCUGAUUCUGAAGACGCCGACGAGCGCAGGAGCACUCGCCCCAAGGUACAACCGCGGAAGAACGAGAAGCUCGAGGCAUACAAGCGUGAGCGAGAGCAGCGUGGCCAGCAACGACAGCGCAACGACGACCGACGCAGUGGCCGCAGGCGGUCCAGCUCGGGAGAUCGUGACGGUGGCUCAGACGUUGACGCUGAUGGUGAGAGCGACGUGGAGUGGGACGACCGAGCACCAGAGAAGGCUCGCGAAGAGCUGCCUGCCACCCUCCGCGAUUUCGAGUCGGUUCGUGUUGGUCGCGGGUUCUUCUCAGAAGUCUGCUUCCACCCAGGCUUUGAGGAGGCUCUGACUGGCGCAUUCGGACGUGUGGGCGUCGGCCAGGACUCACAACGGCGGACUCUGUACAAGAUGGCGCAAAUCAAGGGCUUCUCAGCUGGCAAACCGUACGUUUUUGACGGCAAAGACGGUAAGCGCGUCGCGACCGAUCAAUACGUUAUUGCGCAACACGGCUCCGUGAAGAAGGACUACCAGUUCCAAUUCAUGUCGAACCAGCGCUUCACCGAGAACGACCUCGACACCUACCGGCAAUCCCUCAUAGAGACCAACGCCAAGGUCCCCACACAAUCUUUCCUCCAGCGCAAAUACGACGACCUCAAGGCGCUCCAAAACCACCACUGGACCGACGCCGACAUCAGCGCGCGCAUCGCAAAGUCGAAGAAGUACGCCCACCUCCUCAACCGCCCCAACGCCGACGCCCAGCCCAAGAUCGCAACCCAAUCAGAAACAGCCGCCGCCCGCAUCGCCGAACUGAACCGCAAGAAUCGCAUCCAGGAAGCCGAGCGCGUGCGCAAAGCGCAGUUCGACCAACAGCGCCAGAAGAAGAUGGAGCAGAAGAAGGAACUUGCUAGGCGCAAGGCCGAGGAAGAAGCUCGCAAGGCGCAGGAGGAAGAGGCGCUCAAGAAGAGCAACAACCUGGAUGUUGAUGCCCUAUUCGAUGGCGAUGGCUCCAGCAGAGCGAACACCCCGAACCCGCAGCAGCCGCAGAAGAAGAAGACGGAGCGGAAAGGUCUGCCCACGUUUAGGAAGCCGAAGAUGGAUGAUGAUAUCAUUGCUAGUAUGGAUAUUGGCAUGGAUAUUGAGAUUUGA